UUAAAUGGCAAAUUGGCUCUUCCAAGACAGGUUAUAUUGUGUCCGGCUCCCGCACACACGACGCGACUCAGCCCCGCGUUCCCGGUUUCCGCUGAUUAAGCGACCAGCGCUUGGUUGCCAUGCGCAACCGCAGUAGGAUGACAUCGUUUGUGCAAAACCAAUCCCCACGAUUUUGCGGUGCACGAACGAGUCCUUAUUGCGGUCGGAAAGAGACACAAACCGCAGUCUACGACAUAUAUAAGAAUAACAGCCAUACCUACUGGUGCUAAUUGAUCGUCGCUAGCUUGUCAACGAUGCCUCCAACUCGCCGUCGAGGCGGCAACGCCGCAGCCCGAUCUCAACAAUCGACGCUGGCCUUCGGCAUCCAGUCGAGGGUGACGAAACCGACAUCGGCUCCGUCGACGACAAAAAAGGCCAAGGAUAUCGAGAAGGUGCAUGAUGUCGAUACCUCUGAUCCUGAUCAGGUACCCGUUGCUCCUCCGGAAGGCUCUUCUCAACCGCACAUCGCAGAGAUCGUCGUGAGGGAGCAGGCAAAGGCGGAAGUCCAACAGCCGUUGUCGGAAGAGGAUAAAAGAGCAUUGAAGGUCACUGACGCGGACCUGAAGCGGUAUUGGCGCAGUGAAGAGGCGAAGAGGAAGGCUCCGCGAGUUCAUCAGGAGGGAUUGAGCUUGAAUGAGAAGAUCCUGCGACACUUCGACCUUUCCAGUCAGUACGGGCCUUGCAUCGGUAUCGCACGACUAAAGCGCUGGCGUCGGGCUCAUAUGCUUAACUUGAAUCCACCUAUCGAGGUCCUUGCUGUGCUGCUCAAGAAUGAGGACGAUCUGAAACAACGAGCAUACAUUGACGAGCUUCUCUCAUGACCUUUACUCCAGCUCUGACGGCUUCCAAAUAAACGGUUCCGAUUAUAAUGCACUCCAACUCUCUGCGGGGAGAUUGAUGUCUGCAAGGAUCGAUUGUAUGAUUAUUGACAUUGGGGGUGAGGAUGGAGUUAAUGGCGUUUAUGUUGUACAUACCCUGGAGAUCUAGUAAUGGACUUUGAGCUGUUUCCUUUGCAAAAAUCUGCUGGAGAAUAUGCUUUUCAUUACUAUAAACAUGACUGGCU